ACGAGUUCGGGUGGAGUGAGGGGACAGACACUGAAUGUUGUGAAUCACAAAAUCAAUCAAUUCUUGAAUAUACCUUAUGCUGAGCCCCCGGUGGGCCCACUCAGGUUCAGUCCACCACAACCACUCCAGACACCUAAACAAGAUAUGAUUGAUGGCACAAAACUCGGUAAUUAUUGCAUUCAAAAUACAAAAAUGUUUGGACCGAUGAGUGAAAUAAAGACGAGUGAAGACUGUUUAGCACUCAAUAUAUGGACACCAAAUGUAGAUAAUAAUAAUGACCCAAAAGAACAGCAGUUAAAACCUGUGAUGUAUUACAUCCACGGGGGGGCACUUAGUAUGGGAUCUAUAUUUCAAGAGCAUUAUAACGGGAGUGUUUUGGCCACCAAUGAUGUGGUCAUUGUUUCCGUUAACUAUAGACUCGGACCCUACUCCCCCGGUGGGCCCACUAGGGGACAGACACUGAAUGUUGUGAAUCACAAAAUCAAUCAAUUCUUGAAUAUACCUUAUGCUGAGCCCCCGGUGGGGCCACUCAGGUUCAGUCCACCACAACCACUCAAAACACCUAAACAAGAUAUGAUUGAUGGCACAAAAAUCGGUAAUUAUUGCAUUCAAAAUACAAAAAUGUUUGGACCGAUGAGUGAAAUAAAGACGAGUGAAGACUGUUUAGCACUCAAUAUAUGGACACCAAAUGUAGACAAUAAUAAUGACCCAAAAGAACAGCAGUUAAAACCUGUGAUGUAUUACAUCCACGGGGGGGCACUCAGUAUGGGAUCUAUAUUUCAAGAGCAUUAUAACGGGAGCGUUUUGGCCACCAAUGAUGUGGUCAUUGUUUCCGUUAACUAUAGACUCGGACCCUUAGGUUUCCUAUACGGUGGCGAUGAUACCAGUCCUGGAAAUGUGGGCUUUUAUGACCAGUUGUUAGGAAUGAAAUGGGUAUUAUUUUUUAUGAAUUUGAAUGGUGGCAGUUGGGCCGUAUCGGCACAUGUAUUGUCUCCCCUAUCAAAGGGUCUGUUUAAGAGGGCUGUUAUGCAAAGCGGAUCCGUUUUGUAUAAUAAGGACAGACCGGCGCNUAAGGAUGAAAUUACUAUAUUUGGUUGCAGUGGUGGCAGUUGGGCCGUAUCGGCACAUGUAUUGUCUCCCCUAUCAAAGGGUCUGUUUAAGAGGGCUGUUAUGCAAAGCGGAUCCGUUUUGUAUAAUAAGGACAGACCGGCGCUCAGUACUGUUGAGGGCCUCCAAAAGGCUAAGAAUUUGGCAAAAAAUCUUAAUUGUGAUGAAUAUGACUACAAAUGGUUGGACUGUUUGCGAGCCAUUGAUAACCCGAACCUUUUCAUAGAAUAUCCAGAAAAUGGAAAUAUGAUUGAAUUCACUCACGCAGUGUUUGGCACUCAAUUUCUACCCGUAUUACCACAAAAAGCAUUUAAUACAGGCCUAUUUAAUUUUGAAAUUGAAUUAAUGGUUGGAGUGACUAAAGAUGAGGGACCACUCUUAGCAGUGAUGCUUUUUCCCGAAAUGAGAGCACCGGGACUAACAGUCGAGACAUUCAAAAAUAUUGUGAACAAAUUGAACGAUGAAUACCGUAAUAUAGAUGUGGAGGAAGUGUCCGAUUAUUAUCUCAAAAGUAUUGACACAACAAAUGAGUCCCAAUUGAAGGGAGCGUUGAGUGCACUCUAUGGGGAUUUGGUGUUCACGUGUGCGACCUAUCACUUCGCCAAACAAUUUGCCAAAAGUGAUACCAUAUGUCACGGCGCAGACAUCCCUUAUGUGUUUGGGUCACCACUUGUUUCCCAAAAGAUGUUCACAGAAACUGAUUAUGAUUUCAGUAUUGAGAUUAUGAAGAUGUUAACUGAUUUUGCCAAAAAUGGUUGUUUCGCCAAAUUCUUAGCCCUUUGGAGGCCCUCAACAGUACUGAGCGCCGGUCUGUCCUUAUUAUACAAAACGGAUCCGCUCUCCAUAAUAGCCCUCUUAAACAGACCCUUUGAUAGGGGAGACAAUAUGUGUGCCGAUACGGCCCAACUGCCGCCACUGCAACCAAAUAUACCCACAUUUCCAGGACUGGUAUCAUCGCCACCGUAUAGGAAACCUAAGGACAUUGAGUUGAUAGCGGGUGUCACCAAAGAUGAGGGACCGAUGUUGGCAGUGAUGCUAAUCCCGGAAAUGAGGGCCCAUUUGACAGUCGAGUCGUUCAAGAAAGCUGUUAAUGGUUUGAACGUUGAAUACCAUAAUAUAGAUGUGGAGGAAGUGUCCGAUUAUUAUCUCAAAAGUAUUGACACAACAAAUGAGUCCCAAUUGAGGGGUGCGUUGAGUGCACUGUACGGCGAUCUAUUGCUCACGUGUUCGACCUAUCAUUUCGCCAAACAAUUUGCCAAAAUGAGUGUAAUAGUGGUGUGCAUUGUUCGGUGUGUUUGCGAUGAGAGUAAUAGUGUUGUCGUGAAUACGAGUUCGGGUGGAGUGAGGGGACAGACACUGAAUGUUGUGAAUCACAAAAUCAAUCAAUUCUUGAAUAUACCUUAUGCUGAGCCCCCGGUGGGCCCACUCAGGUUCAGUCCACCACAACCCCUCAAAACCCCUAAACAGCCUGUGAUGGAAGGCUGGGAAAAGGUGAUGGGUGAAAUUACUACAAGUGAGGACUGUUUGGUACUAAACGUAUGGACACCUAAUGUGGAGAAUAAGAGUCCAUUAAAAGCCGUCAUGUUUUUCAUAUACGGCGGGGGACUGAGUGUGGGCUCAGUAUUUCAAAAGAUGAAUAACGCCAGUGCUUUGGCCACUAAUGAUGUGGUCGUUGUUUCGGUCAACUAUAGGGUCGGACCCUUAGGUUUCCUAUACGGUGGCGAUGAGACCAGUCCUGGAAAUUUGGGAUUAUAUGACCAGUUGUUGGGUCUUAAAUGGGUCCGAGAUAAUAUUCAUUUAUUUGGUGGGGAUAAGGAUGAGAUUACUAUUUUUGGUAUAAGCGCCGGUAGUUGGUCCGUAUCGGCACAUGUAUUGUCGCCGUUAUCUAAGGGACUGUUUAAAAGGGCUGUUAUGGAGAGCGGAUCCGUUUUGUAUAAUAAGGACAGACCGGCUCUCAGUACUGUUGAGGGCCUCCAAAAGGCUAAGGAUUUGGCGAAAAGACUUAAUUGUGAUGAAUAUGACUACAAAUGGUUGGACUGUUUGCGAGCCAUUGAGGACCCAAACCUUUUCAUAGAAGGCAUUGGAUUAACUCAUCUCGUAUUUGGUACUGAAUUUCUACCCGUUUUACCACAAAAAGCAUUUGAAAAUAAUUUAUAUAAUUCUGACAUUGAGUUGAUAGCGGGUGUCACCAAAGAUGAGGGACCGAUGUUGGCAGUGAUGGUAAUCCCGGAAAUGAGGGCCCAUUUGACAGUCGAGUCUUUCAAGAAAGCUGUUAAUCGUUUGAACGUUGAAUACCAUAAUAUCGAUGAGGAGGAAGUGUCCGAUUAUUAUCUCAAAAAUAUUGACACAACAAAUGAGUCCCAAUUGAGGGGUGCAUUGAUCGCACUGUACGGAGAUAUGGUGAUGACGUGCCCCACCUAUCACUUCGCCAAACAAUUUGCCAAA